UGAUCCAUGGCUACUCAAAGGAAUAACCCAAACACCUCUAAAUCCAUGGCUGAUCAAAGGAAUAACCCUAACACCUCUAAAUCCAUGGCUGAUCAAAGGAAUAACUCAAACUCAAACUCAAACUCAAACCCAAACCCAAACCCAAACCCAAACAACUCUAAAUCUAUAAACAAGAAGAGACAACCAUUUGCCGACAUAUCCAAUUUCAAUCUUAUACCCACUUCCACUCUCCGUAAACUUUGCUCCUUCUCCUCUCCUGCUACUUCGAAAUCCCAAAAUGUUAUUCCAAAACCCCCAAUUUCUGAUUCCAAUUCUUCAAAACCCAAUUACAAGGAGGCAAACUCUGAAACAAGCGUCGCUUCUUCCGAUUUCAAUUCUGUUCAAAACCCUAAUGCUGGCAGGGGUAAUGAAGCUGUACUGUAUAAUCGAAGGCACACUACAAAGAAGUCCAAUUUAGAAGCUACUGCUCUGCCCUUCACUUCCAGUCAUGAAAACAAAAAAGACAAAAGGAAGGAGAUUGAUGUGCCUUGCCUUUCCCUGCCUCCUCCUACAGUUAUGAAGGAUAAAGGGAAAGCAAUCGCUGAGCCUUUCAGUAGCUUAUCUCCUGAGACUAGGCAAGAUAAGGGGAAAAGAGCAGUUGUUCUGUCUACCCCAGUUUCAGGAGAUAAAGCUGUAGUUAACAAUCGAAGGCAGACUGCAAAGAGGUCUAAUUUAGAAGCUAGUGCUCUGCCAUUCACUUCCAGUCAUGAAAACAAAGAGGACAAAAGGAAGGAGAUUGAUGAGCCAUUCCUUUCCCUGCCUCCUCCUACAGUUAUGAAGGAUAAAGGGAAAGCAAUUGCUGAGCCUUUCAGUUGCUUAUCUCCUGAGACUAGGCAAGAUAAGGGUAAAAGAGCAGUUGUUCUGUCUACCCCAGUUUCAGGAAAUAAGAAGACGAAAGGUAUUCAUGAGCCUUUCAUGUCUUCAUCUCCUCAGAAGGCAAAAUCCAAAGCUCAGGCAAUUUCUCAUGAGCACUUCCCUUCAGAUGAAAAAGCAGCUGAAGAAACAGUUGGUGUAUCGUCUGGAAGUUGCUCAUCGUUAAAGAGAACAAGGGGAAAAGGGAUAGUAGAUGCUUCAGUUUUUAGUUGCCCCACCUUGCCAAAGAAGAGAACGAAUAGGAGUGAAUUCAGUGGAGUUGGUGAUAUUAAACCGUCUGGAUCAUGGACGGAUCCUACUGGAAAGCGAAAGAAGCGGAGGUGCACACAGCAGAAACCUGCCGUUGAAGAGUCCUUGCCACAAGAUUUUGUCAACUACUGGCGAGAGCAUUUUAAAGAGAUUGAUGAGUUUGAAUUGCCAGAAGAGGAAGCAUCAUAUAGUGAUUUGGAAUAGAAAGGAGAGGAACAGUGCUUGGCAGGAAGCAAAUCUAGUGUGACCAACUGACCCCCAUGUGUAUAGUAAUGUCCAUAUACUUCAUAAAC